GUUUCUCAAAUGGCAAGUACUUUAGUCUUAAUGUUGGUUUCUCUUUCCCUCAUCUUAAUCAAUAUCAUUAGCCUUCCUCUUCCAACAAUGGCCAUCUCUUCAUGCAAAGGUCCAUGCAAAACCCCCAACGACUGUGCUGGUCAGCUCACCUGCAUCAACCGCAAGUGCAAUGACGACCCCGCUGUUGGGACACACAUAUGCAGUGGUGGUGGGGGCGGAGGUGGAGGAGGAGGAGGCGGAGGAGGAGGCAAUUGUAAGUCCUCAGGAACUCUCAAUUGCGGGGGAAAAUCAUUCCCCCAAUUUACAUGCUCGCCGCCAGUGACGUCAUCCACGAGCGCUAAACUCACGCUCAAUGACUUCAGCGAAGGCGGCGAAGGUGGGGACCCAUCAGAGUGCGACGGGAGAUUCCACUCUAACAGUGAGCGCGUGGUGGCACUUUCCACUGGGUGGUAUGACGAGGGGUCAAGGUGUGGAAGGUUAAUAAGAAUUACGGCGAGCAAUGGGAGGAGUGUGACGGCGAAAGUGGUGGACGAGUGUGAUUCGGUGAACGGAUGUGACAGAGAGCAUGCAGGUCUGCCGCCGUGUAGGAACAACAUUGUUGAUGGGUCUGCAGCAGUGUGGAAUGUUUUGGGAUUGAACAAAGAUUUAGGGAUUGUGGACGUCACUUGGUCCUUGGCCUAGUUAAGUCACGACCCUACCGUAGUAGUACUUAAUUAAUCUAAAUAAAUGAAAUAAUUAAGGACUAUGUUUCAUAUGUAUGGCAUACCAUGAUGCCAAGAAGUACGUACGCAUAGUAUUGUUUGGAUUUGUAAUUUAUGUAGUUUAUGCCAAGAAGGACUAUGUUUCAUGAAUUUGUAAUUUAUGGAAUUAAUUUUCCCAUCUUGGUGUUUUGUUAUAUUUAUGUAGUUGUCUUUGUUGGGAGUA